AGCCCAACGGCGGAGUAAAGCAAAAGCCAACUAGCCUAAAUCUAGCCCCUGGUCCAACUUUCUAUCGUAACGUUAAUGGACGAGCAAGCCUGAAUGAUCGUCAUCUACAGCACGUCACCGCUAUCAUCAGCGGUGGACACUCGGCACGCAUCGGCAAGUCUGUCUCACCGAAUCCCAUUCACGUUAAUAACGAGCCCGGUAUUGGGGAUACAAUAUCAUCAAAUACCAAUCACCAAUUAUCAACGAAUUUACACUCGGCAGGAGUAUUGCUCCCAGCUUGGGCUCUUUCUGCGGAACUUGAAAAUUUCUUGGAGCCUCCGCCCCCACCAGCUCCAUCAUCACACCCUACGAUACCGACCAGGACGAACUCUCUCGGCGAACAACAGUCACAGCAACAACAACAACAACAACAACAGCAACAGCAACAACAACAACAACAACAACAGCACAAUAAUCUGCAAUCAUCUACAAUCAGUCAGCAACUGUCCUCCCGUAGCCCGAGUCACAAUGGUCACGGAUUCCCCCUCUACACUCCACCAGCUCCAAUACCAGCAUCCGGGGCAAAUAAAAUUCGCUCUACUCCCAACGGAUUAUCACAACCAACAGCACCGCGACGUCCUCAUAGUAUUGCCGCUCCACCAUACCAUCUCGGAAUCACCUCUCUCCACCAAUCAUACGGUCAGCUCCCUUGUAGAACAACAUCGUCGGCAUUAUCAUCAUCAUCAACGUCAUCAUCAACAGCACCACCACCACCACCACCAUCAGCAUCAGCAACAUCAGGACCAACAGCAAAUCCAUCAGAUACAUCUUGGGCAACGAUCGGUUCAACAACAAAUUCAUCAUCAAACGGUUUAUCCGGGAUGGUACAACGGCGUGCCCAUUCGGUCGCCGGUACUCCAGUAUCUCUAUCCACCGGUUGCAACGACGACAAUGACGGUGGCGUCGGCAUCCCAAUACAACAGGAAUCAAGAAGCAACGGGUCAGCGCUCUGCAAUAAGAACGGCAUCACCGUGGUAUCCUCGAGUCGCAGCGUUGUACCACCCCAAUCUUUGUGGAACGGGCAACUUCAACAGCCCGUACCUAGGCGGCCACACAGCAUCGCCUCCACACCCGUUACAGGUUCAACAGGCACGCCUGUUUCAUCUUCAACAGUUACAUCAGCCGGCUUGUCCUCAGCCACUCGUAUACCAGGCGAGCCCAUACAAUGGGGUUCCUCAGGGAUGGUGUUGCACCAACCCAUACCUCGCAGGGCGUAUCCCUCGACCCUUCCACAUCCACAACCACCAACGCCCACGACACAAGGGCCCGGCUUGAGCGUUCUCGUUAAUCCUGGAAACUCAAACACUUGGACACCAGGCGCCGGACUUCGAGCAAGACCCCAUAGUAUAGCAUCCACUCCACAGGGUG